AUGCCGGGCCUCCCGGAGGCGCGGGCGGCGGGGUGCGCGGUGGUCCUGGCCCUGGCGCUGCUGCUCCCCGCGGAGCCGGCGGGCGCCCUGCUCCGCCUGCACCCCGGCCUGCCCCACGUGUGUGCCGAGCAGGAGCUGACCUUGGUGGGCCGCCGCCAGCCCUGUGUGCAGGCUUUCAGCCGAACUGUGCCCGUAUGGAAGCCGGGCUGCGGGCGGCAGGCCUGGUGUGUUGGCCACGAGCGGAGAACCAUCUACUACACAGGCUACAGGCAGGUGUAUGCCAUGGAGGCCCAGACCGUGUUCAGGUGCUGCCCAGGGUGGAGCCAGCAGCCGGGCGAGCAGGGCUGCCUGUCCCCCCAAUGCAGCACCGGCCUCUGUUUUAACGGCGGCCACUGCGUGCCUGGCUCAGCCCAGCUCUGCUACUGUCCUCGAGGCUUCCAGGGCCCACGCUGUCAGUACGACGUGAACGAGUGUGCCAGCGGCAAUGGGGGCUGUGAAGACCAGUGCUACAACACCGUGGGGGGCUUCUACUGCCGCUGCCCCGCCGGCCACCAGCUGCAGGGAGACGGCAGGACCUGCCAAGAUGUGGAUGAGUGCCAGUUGCACAAUGGCGGCUGUCAGCAAAGGUGUGUGAACACACCUGGCUCCUACCUCUGCGAGUGCAAGCCCGGAUUCCGGCUCCAUGCAGAUGGCAGGACCUGCUUGGCCAUAAAUUCCUGUGCCCUGGGGAACGGUGGCUGCCAGCACGAGUGUGUUCAGCUCACAGUGACCCAGCACCGCUGUCAGUGCCGGCCCGAGUUCCAGCUCCAGGAAGACGGAAAGCGCUGUGUCCGGAGGAAUCCAUGCGCAGACCGGAAUGGUGGCUGCAUGCACACGUGCCAGGCGCGCCGGGGCCUUGCCCACUGUGAGUGCCGUGCGGGCUUCCUGCUGGCAGCUGACCGCAGGUCCUGCGAAGAUGUGGAUGAAUGUGCCACAGGGCAGGCCCAGUGCGCCCACGGCUGCCUCAACACCCGGGGGUCCUUUAAGUGCAUGUGCCACGCUGGCUACGAGCUGGGUGCUGAUGGCCGGCAGUGCUACCGUAUCGAGAUGGAGAUCGUGAACAGCUGUGAGGCCAACAACGGGGGCUGCUCGCAUGGCUGCAGCCACAGCAGUGCGGGGCCCCUCUGCACCUGCCCCCGUGGCUACGAGCUGGAUGAGGACCAGAAGACGUGCAUCGACGUGGACGACUGCGCUGACUCACCGUGCUGCCAGCAGGUCUGCACCAACAGCCCCGGCGGGUAUGAGUGUGGCUGCUACGCCGGCUACCGGCUCAGCACUGAUGGCUGCGGAUGUGAGGACGUGGAUGAAUGUGCCUCCGGCCGCGGCGGCUGUGAGCACCACUGCGCCAACCUGGCCGGCUCCUUCCAGUGCUCCUGUGAGGCUGGCUUCCGGCUGGAUGAGGACCGCAGGGGCUGUGUCCCCCUGGAGAUACCCGAGGUGGACCUCGACGGCCAGCUGCCCGUCGUGCGGCCCCUUCCACAUGUGGCGAUGCUCCAGGAUGAUUUGCCCCACCUCUUCCAAGACGACUACAUCGGGGCCCAGGAGGAAGAGGAGGCAGCAGAGGCCCGGGGCGAACACACGCUGAUGGAGAAGUUUGUUUGCCUGGACGCGUCCUUUGGCCAGGACUGCAGCCUCACCUGUGACGACUGUCGGAAUGGGGGGGCCUGCCUCCCGGGCCUGGACGGCUGUGACUGCCCCGAGGGCUGGACUGGGCUCAUCUGCAAUGAGACUUGUCCUCCAGACACCUUCGGGAAGAACUGCAGCCUCUCCUGCGGCUGUCAGAACGGUGGGACCUGCGACCCUGUGACGGGCGCCUGCCGCUGCCCUCCUGGCGUCGGUGGGACCCGCUGUGAGGACGGCUGCCCCAAGGGCUUCUACGGCAAGCAGUGCCACAAGAAGUGCCACUGUGCUAACCGUGGCCGGUGCCACCGCCUCUAUGGGGCCUGCCUCUGUGAUCCAGGGCUCUACGGCCGCUUCUGCCACCUGGCCUGUCCGCCGUGGGCCUUUGGGCCAGGCUGCUCUGAGGAGUGCCAGUGUGAGCAGCAGAACACGCUUGCCUGUGACCGGAGAGACGGCAGCUGUUCCUGCAAGGCAGGCUUCCAGGGCGAGCGAUGUCAGGACGAGUGUGCGCCAGGCUUCUUUGGGCCAGGGUGCCUGCAGGCGUGCACCUGCCCUCAGGGCGUGGCCUGUGACCCCAUCAGCGGCCAGUGUGAGAAGCAGUGUCCUGCCGGCUACCAGGGGAAGGGCUGCGACCAAGAGUGCCCAGCAGGGACGUUCGGUGUGAACUGCUCUGGCUCCUGUUACUGUGGGGGGGCCCCCUGCAACCGGGUUACGGGGCAGUGCCUGUGCCCUCCAGGGAAAACUGGGGAUGACUGUGGGGCAGAUUGUCCCGAGGGCCGCUGGGGGCUCGGCUGCCAGGAGAUCUGCCCAGCGUGUGAGCAUGGAGCUGCCUGUGAGCCUGGGACUGGAGCCUGCCUGUGCCGCCCCGGCUACGUGGGCAGCCGCUGCCAGGACACGUGCCCAGCAGGCUGGUUUGGGCCUGGCUGCCAGAUGAGAUGUUCCUGCGCCAACGAUGGGCUCUGCCACCCGGUCACGGGGCGCUGCAGCUGUGCCCCUGGAUGGACCGGCCUCAGUUGCCAGAGAGCCUGUGACGGCGGGCGCUGGGGACCUGACUGCAGCCACCCCUGCACCUGCAGCCCAGGCCACGGGAGUUGCGACGCAGUCAGUGGCCUGUGUGUGUGUGAGGCCGGCUACACAGGCCCUCGGUGUGAACAGCGGUGUCCCCAGGGCCACUUUGGGCCGGGCUGUGGGCGGCAGUGCCAGUGUGAGCAUGGGGCGGCCUGUGACCACGUCAGCGGGGCUUGCACCUGCCCGGCCGGCUGGAGGGGAGCCCUCUGUGAACGCGCCUGCCCGGCGGGCUUCUUCGGCCUGGAUUGUCGCGGUGUCUGUGACUGUGCCGCUGGAGCCCCCUGUGACUCUGUGAGCGGCUCCUGCCUCUGCCCUGCUGGCCGCCAAGGUCCCCGCUGUGACCAGGCCUGCCCUGCCCACACCUAUGGGCACAACUGCAGCCAGACCUGCUCCUGCUUUAAUGGGGCCUCCUGCGACCCUGUCCAUGGACAGUGCCACUGUGGCCCUGGCUGGAUGGGUUCCACCUGCCUGGAAGCCUGCCCCACAGGCUCAUACGGCCAGAACUGUCAGCACACCUGCCUCUGCCAGCACGGAGGCACCUGUGACCCUGUCUCAGGCCACUGCACGUGCCCGGAGGGCUGGACUGGGCUGGCCUGCGAGGAGGAGUGCCUCCCUGGACACUUCGGAGCCGGCUGCAAGCACAGUUGCAGGUGUCUCAACGGUGGCGACUGUGACCGGCGUUCAGGCCGCUGCCUCUGCCCAGCUGGCUGGACCGGGGACCAGUGUCAGAGCCUCUGUGCUGAGGGCACGUUUGGGGUACGCUGUGAGGAGCACUGUGCCUGCCGGCGGGGGGCCACCUGCCACCAUGUCACGGGGGCCUGCCUCUGCCCCCCAGGAUGGAGAGGUUCGCGGUGUGAGAACGCCUGCCCGCAUGGCUGGUUUGGAGAGGCCUGUGCCCAGCGCUGCCAGUGCCCACCCGGCGCCGCCUGCCACCACGUCACCGGGGAGUGUCGUUGUCCACGAGGCUUCACAGGGCCCGGCUGUGAGCAGGCCUGCCCCCCCGGCACCUUUGGGGAGAGCUGUGGGCAGAAGUGCCAUUGUCCCGGUGAGAACCAGGCCUGCCACCCUGCCCUGGGCACGUGUGUGUGUGCCGCCGGCUACCACGGCUCCGGCUGCCGGCAACGGUGCCCCCCCGGGCGCUUCGGGCCUGGCUGUGAGCAGCCAUGUGGGUGUCUCAACGGGGGCUCCUGUGAUGCGGCCACUGGGGCCUGCCUCUGCCCUGCUGGGUUCCUGGGGGCCGACUGCAGUCUGCCCUGUCCACAGGGCCACUUCGGCCCCGGCUGUGCGCAUGUGUGCGGGUGUGGGCAGGCCGUAACCUGUGACCCCGUGACCGGCAGCUGCGCCUGCCCCCCGGGAACGACUGGCACCCACUGUGAGCAUGGCUGCCCUCAGAACCGGUUUGGGGUAAACUGUGAGCACGUGUGCUCCUGCAGAAACGGGGGCCUGUGCCAUGCCUCCGACGGCAGCUGCUCCUGUGGCCUAGGCUGGACAGGGCCAAACUGCGAGCAGGCCUGCCCUCCUGGUCACUACGGUGCCGCCUGCCGUCUGGAGUGCUCUUGCCAAAACAACGGCACAUGUGAGCCCACCACGGGUGCCUGCCGCUGCGGCCCUGGCUUCUACGGCCAGGCCUGCCAGCAUGCCUGUCCCCCCGGCUUCCAUGGGGCUGGCUGCCGGGCAGCGUGUGAGUGUCAGCAUGGAGCGUCCUGCGACCCGGUCAGCGGUCAGUGUGUCUGCCCUGCUGGCUUCUACGGCCAGCUCUGUGAGAAGGGGUGUGAACCAGGCUCCUUCGGAGAGGGUUGCCGUGAGCACUGUGACUGUGAGAUGGGGGCAGCCUGCGACCCCAUCACCGGCCAGUGUCUUUGUCCCCCAGGGCGCACAGGGGCCACCUGUGACCUUGACUGCAGACCUGGCUUCUUCGGGCCGGGCUGUGCCCUGCGCUGUAGCUGUGGGGGUGGCGCUCCCUGUGACCCGGUCAGUGGGCAGUGCCGCUGCGUGGAUGGCUACAUGGGCCCCACCUGCCAGCAAGUGGCCUCACAACCAGCUCAUGGACCAGCACUCAGGCUCAGCAGCGGGGCAGAGAAACACUAGCUCAGAGGCAGCCCCCAGCAGGCCCGUCUUCUAAGUACUUUGGUGAUGACUGAGGAGGGGUGCCCGUGGGCCAGGACUUCAACCCCAGCCUUGUCUUCUGGGGCUAUGCCCAGCCCUGCGGCCUCUCACUGGGCAAGGAUCAGCUGGCCAUGGGGAGGGAGGCCCUGCCUGGCCUAGCUUAAGGGGCCCAGGCAUGUGCCAGGCCUCGGGCUGCACAGCCACACAGCUGCGCGGGCCGCAUGUGCUGAUGAAGCCGGCCACCCACCCCCUGCCCUGCCCUGUCCCUGCACCAACCCCUCCACAGCCCUGGGUCAGGACCCAGGGUCCUUGGGGACAGCUAUAGGCAGGGGGCAGUUCUUCUGGUGCUAGGCCCUGGGACCCUUGCGCUCAGCCUGUUUCCUUGGAAUUGCAGCCGCUGUAUUUAUGUAAAAGUAUUUAUGGGCAGCUGGCCACUCCCAUGCACCCCGGGCACUGCCCGCCCCAGGAAACCCUGCUGCAGGACUUUGGGGCAUGCAGGGCCUCUGGGUGGCAGGCUCUGGUACAUGUGAAACCCAGAAACUUAAGAAAGAAGCCACCACUUCCUUGUG